UCCCUUUCUCUCUCCCUAUAUAUGUAUUGCUCUUUUCAUUCUUCCACUUAUUCCCUUUAAAGCUUCUCUUUACCCCAACCUAUAAUGGAGCUCCAACUUGGCCUCCCUCUUCCCUUUCACAACCACCCCAAUAUCCAUCACAAGCCUGCUUUCCAAGAUCCAUUCAUUAUUGGAAAUCAGCUUCCCCAAACUUUGCCUUUGCUGUCAUGGAAUGAUAAGCCUAAGGAUCAAGAUGACCCACCCCACCCUAGAGGAACACAUUUUUCCAACAUUCAAAAGAAAGAUGAAGAGAAGAAGGAAGCAGUGGGGUGGCCACCCAUCGAGUCAUGGAGGAAGAAGGUCUUUCAUUGGCAACCUCAACCACCGCAGACGGCGGAGAAUCGCCGUCCUGUGGUAGCGGAUCAAAGUAGUAACCAAAAUGAUGGACAAAAUUCACUGUUCGUGAAAGUGAAAAUGGAGGGUGUAGCAAUAGCAAGGAAACUCGAUUUAAGGCUCUAUCACUCACAUCAAUCUCUCAAAACUGCUCUCAUUGCCAUGUUCACCACAUAUAAGGCAAUUGAUCACAACGGUUGGGAUUUUACUAUAAUCUAUGAAGACCAAGACGGUGAUUGGAUUCUUGCAGAAGAUCUUCCAUGGAAUUCCUUUGUGGAGUCUGUACAGCGCCUCAAGAUUCUUGUUCGAAAGAGAAACAAAGAAUGAAGUUUGCAUAUAUUAUUAUUAUUUCCGAAUCUUAUUCCACAUGUAUGUAAUUAUAUAUUAUAUUAUGAAAUGCCAUGAUGUGUUCGGUACUUCUAUGUUACAAAAUUAUGAAUAUUUUCGUUUCCUGCUAAAGUGUGGAGCUAUUUGAUCGAAAUUAUUAUAUAAAAAGUUAUUUGGGAAUCUAUUCU